ACAUACGGUGCGGUAUCCUCUCGCGAGAGUUGGUUAGCAGUCGCAGCAGCUCUGAGCGGGACUCUUCAGUUCCCCCUGUAGCCGGGCAGUGUGUACGGGAGGCGGCCUUUUUGAAAAAACAGUCAAGAUGGAUGAAAUGGAAGACAACACCACCGUCCUGUCUACGCUCCGGUCUUUUAAUAAAUUCCUCUCCCAGCCGUUUGAGGGUACUCCCCCCAGCGCCAAUACCUCCAACACAAGCGGAGCUUCUUUACAGAUGCAGUUUCAACAAAGAUUCCUGCUGGAGGACCAGGCUGCACAGAUUCGCUCAAAGUCACAAUUUAUUCAGGUGGAAAGAGAGAAGAUUCAGAUGGAGCUGAGCCAUAAGCGGGCCCGUAUUGAACUGGAAAAGGAAGCCAGUACUAAUGCCAUGAACUAUGAGCGGGAAGCGGACAGAAACCAAGAUCUGCUUACGCGCAUCAAAGCUCUAGAGGAGAAGGAAAUGGAAUUUCAAAGUAAACUCCAGGAGCAGACUGAAAUGUAUAAGUCCUCUAAGAAGACAAUAGAAUUGCAGAGCAAGAAACUCAUUGAAAAAGAGAACAAACUCGCUGAGGCCAAUGAGGCUAUCAGUGUGUUAAAGGGGAAAGUAUCUGAACUCCAGUUGAAGGUCAUGAAUCAAGAAAUGCAAAUAAAAACUCAGGAAACCGAGAAGCAGGAGCUGAACGAACAGCUGGAAAUUCUGCGCAA